AAUUAAAAAAAAAAACCCCUUAACCAGUUGGCCUGUAUUGCAUUCUCACUUCAGUAGCGCUUGCUCCUUGUCUGAUUUUACACCGAAUUCUUCUAAAAAUCAACAUUUGCCAUUUGAAUUGCAAUUCUCUCUGAAUCUCAUCUGGGUAUCUCAAGAGUUGAAGAAUUUAUUGCAAUUGAGGCAUUGAGGGUAUUGAUAUUCGAUCUAGUUCAGAGAAAUCAUAGGAAUCCAAGAAAUAGAAGUUGAACGGCGCCAAAAGGAAUAGAGAUGUUGGUUUGUGUUUUAUAAAAUAGCAAUCGAAAGAGAGAUCUGCGUGUGAUUUUGCUUUCUGGGUUUAUUUGCAAAUGGAGUACAGGAAAAUCAAGGAUGAGGAUAAAGAUGAGGGUGCCGCCGGUGAUGACAUAGAGAGCUUGAGAAACAAAUCUAUUUCAGCUCCUAUAAGUAAUGUGGCUACAUUGGGGGGUGACUCAAAUGACAGAUCCAAGUGGAAGCGCAAGACAAUUGUUACACUUGCAUUGACUAUUCUCACAAGUUCACAAGCAAUACUUAUCGUUUGGUCCAAGAGAGCUGGCAAGUACGAGUACAGUGUUACUACUGCAAAUUUCUUGGUGGAGACUUUAAAAUGUGUAUUAUCACUUGCAGCCUUGGCAAGAAUCUGGAAAAAUGAAGGUGUUACUGAAGAUAACAGGUUGUCUACCACUUUGGAUGAAGUUAGUGUUUAUCCCAUUCCUGCUGCACUUUACCUUGUCAAGAAUUUGCUUCAAUAUUACAUCUUUGCCUAUGUGGAUGCUCCGGGUUAUCAAAUACUCAAAAACCUUAAUAUUAUAAGCACUGGCGUUUUAUAUCAAAUGAUACUUAAGAGAAAGUUAAGUGAGAUUCAGUGGGCAGCUUUCAUUCUAUUAUGUGCUGGAUGUACCACAGCACAAUUGAACCCUUCUUCUGAUCAUGUUCUUCAAACACCUUAUCAGGGUUGGAUAAUGGCCAUUGUAAUGGCACUUUUAAGUGGUUUUGCUGGAGUGUACACUGAGGCUAUAAUUAAAAAGCGUCCUUCAAGAAACAUAAAUGUGCAAAACUUCUGGUUGUAUGUCUUUGGGAUGGUCUUCAAUGCUGUUGCCAUUCUGAUUCAAGAUUUUGAUGCAGUCAUGAACAAGGGGUUCUUCCAUGGAUACUCCUUGAUUACAGUUCUCAUGAUUCUCAAUCAUGCACUCAGUGGCAUUGCUGUAUCCUUGGUAAUGAAGUAUGCGGACAACAUUGUAAAGGUCUAUGCUACUUCAGUGGCGAUGCUUCUCACAGCAAUUGUGUCUGUGUUUCUAUUUGGCUUUCAUCUAUCCCUUGCUUUCUUCCUCGGCUCAACUGUUAUCUCUGUCUCCGUUUAUCUGCACUCCAUCGGCAAGUUAACAAGACAACGAUAGUGACUUCUUAUGAUCUCUGCGAAAUCCAGUGUAAAGGUUCUUGGUGUUCCUGGCUAGACAACUGUUCUUGUCCGUGAUCGCUGCUGGUCUUGGAUGACGUUUUCACUCAUGGUUGCAAUAGCUAUUAGCAACUGCUCCAAACAACGUCCUGUGGAACCUGAAGCCUCCAAAUUCAGCAUAGUUUGCAGUGACAGUGGAGACAAUAUCAAAUUCUUUUUGCUGCCAUUCUUGAUUUCCUUGAGAAUCACACGCCUAGCCAUUCUCAUGCCAAACUCCAUCUUGAUCUUGCUAGUAAUUCCCUCCUCCUUUGGACUUGUAGGAGCUGUUAAAAAUUGUCAAUUACACUAUGUUUAAAUCAUGAUUUGGGAUAUUUUUAUACUGCAUAGUAUAAUUACAAUUACUUUACAUGUUUGAAAAGAUUGUUCUUAAAA